AUGGGUGAAUCCAGACAAGAGCUCCUCAAUUGGCUGAACAGCCUCCUUCAGCUCAACAUGACCAAGGUCGAGCAGUGCGGAACUGGCGCCGCGCUCUGCCAGGUCUUUGACAGCAUAUACAUGGACGUGCCUAUGUCCAAGGUCAAGUUCAACGUCAGCGGCGAUUACGCCUACAUCCAAAACUUCAAGGUUUUGCAGAACACGUUCCUCAAGCACCAGGUCGAUAAGCCCAUCCCCGUCGAAUCGUUGGUGAAAUGUAAGAUGCAGGAUAACCUAGAGUUCCUGCAAUGGACGAAGAAGUUCUGGGACCUCAACUUCCCCGACCACGAUUACGACGCUGUUGCACGAAGAAAGGCUGGCGGUGCGCCCGCGGCCAGUUCCGCGCCGGCUCCCAGGGCUGCUGUUUCUAGCGCCGCUGCCCGACGAGUUGGCGGCACCACCCCAAGCACUGGCCCUCGUCUCGCCAAGGCAGCACCAGGCCCGGGCACCGCAGCUCUGCAGGCGGAGAUAACGACUUUGAAGGAGAGCGUGGGCGGCCUGGAGCGCGAACGAGACUUUUACUUUAGCAAGCUUCGUGAUAUUGAAUUGCUGAUCCAGCAAGCCGUGGAGGAGGACCCCGAACUUGAGAAGCAAGAGGACGGCCUGGUCAAGCACAUUCAGAACAUCCUGUACUCUACGGAGGAGGGUUUCGAGAUCCCAGCCGAGGCUGAGGGUAUGGACGACCAGGAGACUUUUUAA